UGUCGUACAGUGAGACUACAGCCAGUGUUUAUGGUGCCAUUUGUUCUGUUAUCAUUUUGCAUGUUCUUCUGGCACUUUUUAUUCUCAAGGCCUUCAGAGAGUCCCCAGUGAAGGGCUCCAAGCAGGAUUAAUUUUGCAAGAUUUUGUGUGUAUAUAUAUUUGUUAGGGUAUUUAAGCUUUGAAAUGAUUUGUUCAGACGUCAGUUCAGCUUGUAUAGAUGCAGAAGUCAAACCAGUUGAUUCAGAGUUACUUGAGUAUUCAUCAACAAGACCAAAGUCAGCAGGACAUGAUGCACAGGCAGGUUCAGCUGGGGCAGCCAGGUAUCAACUGGGUACCCCAACUUACCCUGAAGAGGAACACACAAAUGUUACCAUUGAAGAAAUUGUUAAUUUGGGAGACGAUUGUCUUGGUCUGAAGAUUGUAUUGACUACGAGAGAAGCUUCUUUUAUGGGUGUCAUCAACUAUAUUCUGCCAGCUAGUAAACGAUUGGCAUUGGAGAAGGUGUGUAACCCGAAGACAGGAAAGAAGCGAGUUGGCAUGUUGAAUGUUUUCUUUCACAACAUCCGCAAUAUAUCUGUUAUAGGUGAAGAUAAGGAAGCUCGACAAAGACUGCUAAAGGAUGCAUACCAUGAAGAUAAUAGAGGUAAACAACUUCUGAUGAAGAAGCUUGUUCCCCCUCACUUGGUGGACUUGGGAGAGCAUGCCAAUCAGGUAGAUGAUGAUGUCUUGCUUGGCAGGGUACAGCUAAAACCUCUCUCUAAAGGCUGCAGUAUUUCGAAAGACAAGCAGGACACUCCGCCUCCACCCGCCAGAAUUCCACGACCAGCAAAAUGGGUUGUCAUUGAUACUAUUGGUGAUGCGUUUAAGAAAGCACUCUCUUUCAUCCAUACUGAAAACGUCAUCGCAAUGGGCAUGGAGGGCUUGAAUAUUGGUCGUAGUGGAACCUUAGCUUGGCUCAGUGCUGCAACUUCAACUGUGAUAUUCCUCUUUGAUAUGGCUAAAAUGGGACCUUCAGAGGCUUUUCAAGAAGGCUUGGGAGAUAUUAUUGAAGAUAGCACCAUCUUGAAAGUUGUCCACGAUUGCCGAGCAAUUGAAGACAUGCUCCACCACCAGUUCAGCAUUAAUUUUAAUAAUGUGUUUGAUACUCAGGCUGCUGAAGUGUACAUAUACAUGUUGAACCACCGUGGAUCUGUACCGUGCUUUGUGUCAGGCUUGCCUUCCCUUCUGGUCCGUUACUUGGGUCUAUCACCUCACCAUCUCUUCUUUUCUCACGUCCGUCAGGAAUGUGCUCAGGAUGAUGAGUCAGUAUGGAUGGAACGUCCUCUCCCGACUCAUCUGUGUGAUGGACUGGCCCGGAAUGUUAUGUACCUUCGGGAGCUACGGUUAGAGCUGCUCGACCUCAUACUUGUUGACCUGGCUCAAGUCACAAAUUUGUAUCUAGGCGCUAUACGUGACAAAGAUUCCACUGCUGCAAAGUCUCUUGAGCCUCAUGUUGUUCCAGCAGAAGUUCAGAGGCUCGCCCGCCGCUCUGUCAUCAACCAUGUUGGCUGUGAUUUAUGCAGCAGUAUCAAACAGCCUGGCUGACCAAACUUUCAACAAACCAGACCAUGGAAACAUUGAACUUGGAGCCACAUCAAGGUAAGGUAGUCUACUCUCUCUGUGAGCUACCAUAGUAACAUAUUUAAAGUAGAUUUUUAUGCUUUGUAUAUGCAAAAGGUUUUUCCCAUGCUAGCAGAUUCUGACUAAAAUACACCACAAAAAAAAUGGAUAGCAAAUGAGGGAAUAAGAGCAGUAAAGUGACCUGCUCUGAAAGUUUUUAGUUUACUAUACACUCAGUAUAUUUUCUCAGCUAUCCCACUUGAUUGUGACUUAGUAUAACUCUUAUAGGGAAGAAACUUCCUGAUGGGUUAGAAAACUUGUCACUGAGUAGUCUAAAGGAUGCUACAGGGUAGAGUCAACUUACAGGUGUGAACAAAGUUUGCACUUUGAAGGCUAAUGGGAGGACAGACUGCCAAGAGCAGCAAGGGUGGAAUUGAACCUCUAGACCCUCUGGCUUUGUGGGUGGCAUAUACCUGUAAUUAAUGUAACUGUUUAACUACCAUGCAAAUUGGCUAGGAUAUUCAUGCUUUGGUACACAGGACCAUGGUUUACAAUGGUUUACAAACUAUCUGAUGCCAUCUGCCCAGAUGACCAACUCCUAUCCACAGGACAGUGGAUAUGGGUCCAAGGUAAUAUGGAUGUGAACAAAAUAGACUUCCAGACCAAAAGAAAUAGAACUACAAGCAAUAAUGAAUGUAAUUCACUCUGCUGCCUGUAGUAAGUUCCAGAAGGAACAUCAUUCCAAAUUCUAAAGUACAUGAAUAUUUGCAAAAUAUCAGACAUACCUGAAGAGAGGAAUUCCAACUUUAAAGUGGGAGUUCAUUGGAACCCACAGUGGAGCUUUGUGGCUUCCAAUGUUGCACAGUAAGGACAAAUUAAUGGAGGCCUUAACAAGUUUAAGAAAGGAAGGCCAGAGAUUGAUGACAAAGUUAAACAGGAGAGGCUUCAAUAAUGCUGAGCUAUACAAAGCAAGAUUAUUUGGCAUGAUCCACAUUCCAAAAAUAGCCAGGAAAGGAAUGAGCAAAUGAUUGCUGCAGGGAGGAGACAAUUGCCAUAAGGGCCAUGCCAUCCUGGAGUCGAGCGAAUGUCCAGAGUGCCCAAAGGACCCUUACUAUAAGCUUCAUUUGAGCCCCAUUGAUCACAAGUUUGGAACCUAAGAGUUGAAUGGCAGCUGGGAUAAACAGAUGCUGGAUCACAGAUAACCACAAGCCAAAGGCCACCAGAAAAAAAAAGUCAUGACAAUAGCACAACCCAAAAUAUUUAAGUUUCCAAGUUAAGAGGCUAAGAAUACCAAGCAGCAGUAGUAUGGUGUCCAUACCACAGAAAGCAGGUAACAUUUUAAAAGACUUAAACAUAUGCCAUUAAAUAACUGUGAACCAAUUAAUAAUAAUAAUAAAAAAAACUUUAUGGAAAGGUUGGAGGUGCUAGAUAUGUUGGAAAACAAGAAAAGGGGGUGAUAUGAUCACCACAUAUAAAGUUAUGAUGUGCAUAACAAAAAUCUAAGUAGGCAUUUUUUAAAUGCCACAACAUUAAGAACGAGAAUACAGAUAGAAAUAAUAAAUACAAAAUUAUAAAAACCAUAGAAAAUAAAUUAUUUUUUAAAGUGAUAGGUGAAAUAUGUUGCAAGAGAUGGUUGUGUGAAUAAACACCACUUUGAAGUUUCAAAACUGAUAUGCCAUAGGCUUAUCUCUAGUCCUGUAGCCACACUUAUUUAACACUUGAAUAAUUAUACACAUGCUAAAUGCCUACUACAUGCGCCGCCUCUUGACACAUCUUGGACAUCACCUGGCAGGACAAGGUGAUAAACAACAGCGUCCUGGGGAGAGCUAGAAUCACCAGCAUGUACACAAUGCUGAAGUAGAGACGAUUGUGCUGGCUCGGGCAUGUGGUGCGAAUGGGCGACAGCAGGAUCUCCUGUAUGGAGAGCUGAAGCAGGGAAAGCAUCCAACAGGUAAACUCUAGCUACGGUACAAAGACAUAUGCAAGAGUUACCAGAAAGCCAUGCACGUCAAUCUUGCUACAUGGGUAACACUGGCCGCAGACUGUUCAGUCUGGGUGCAGUCUGUUCAGAAAGGUCUCUCCAAGUUCGAGGAGUUACUUGCCAAAAAAUUGGAGGCAAAGAGACAGAGAAGGAUAGCCGGAGCCAGGAAGACAGACCAGAAUCAGACUUUGUUUGUGCUCCGUUUGAGAUGGACUGCCAUUCUCGGAUUGGCCUCAUCAGUCACACCAGACGCUGCACCAGGAUUGUUAACCAGAGCCCAACUCCAUAGUCUUCAGAGACUGAAGGAUGCCUACUACAAUUACACACAUGCGCACAUUAACUGAAAUCUGGUCCCCACCAACAAAAAACAUAAAAGACUAAGGAUGAACAUAAGGGAAUCACUUGGUACUAUCAUAGGUACCUGGACUGUACCUGAAUGAGGUUCUAUGAGUUCUUCUCUUCAAGCCCAGCCCGGAGCCAGACUUGAUUUGUGAGAGUUUGGUCUAACGGGCUGUUGCUUUUGAGUGCCCUGCAGGCAGGCCAACUAGUUUAGUGCUCUUUGGCCAUUUCCAACUCCAAGGAGGGUUCAAAUCUAUUAAAAUGGAACAUUAUAAGUCAUUCCAGCUAUAUAGUAUCCUCAGGGGCUUCCUAGUGCCAUUAUAACAGCAGACAUUACUUGGAAAGUUAAUUACUGUACCAGUAUUAAAAUGUCACCUAACCUGGCUGCAUAAUUCAAGUGCCUAAAAAGACUGGAAAUGUACCUUAGGAAGUAGUAGAGUUGGAGAGCUCAUUAGUAAGAGAUUUGUACUCACCUAGUUGUGCUUACGUGAGUCGAGCUUUGGCUCUUUGGUCCCGCCUCUCAAUCAACUGAUGUACAGAUUCUGUAGCUUACUGGGCUCUAUCAUACUUUACAUUUGAAACUAUGUUAUGCAUUGCAUUUAUUAACUACUCUGACCAAAUUCUUUCUUAUGUGUCUGCAAUAUGUGUAAGAGGUGUCUGAAAUUUGUGUAAGUUCUCCGAUGCUCAUUGUGGUAAGUGCCAUGUUAAAGAUAAUAUAAUUUGAUGUCUAGCACACAAAAAUACAUUCUUUAACCAUUUAUUAAAAUAUACAUUUAGGUAGGUACAUUCAAGCAAUAUUUAAUAUUUUAUCACAAAUGUGAUGCCCUUUAAUAUAGUUAGAAAGAAAGAAUGGAAGUGCACGUUCAAAAAAUGUAAAUAUUGUUACAGUAUGUCAUGUGCAGCCUACUUUUUUCCUCUACACAGAACAAAAAUUAAGUAUAAAAUAGUUUAAUGUUUACAUAAGUAAAGCAAACCUCACUUUCCUACAAGUCACAGUGCUAUUUAGGAGUAAACAUCACAAAUCUUUACCAAUAGUAAUACAGUAUUAGAAUUAACACUUCAUUCAAGAACAGUAUCAGUGAGCAAGACCUCGUCCUCUGUUGUCUGCCGACGGAACUUGGGUUGUGAUAUCAGGUAAACUACCAGUCCACCAAAGAUAAUAAGGACCAAGCCUGUCACAUUAAUUAGGAUACCUUCUGAUGAGAGUGAUGAAUAGUCUUUU